AUGACAGGGCUCUGGUUCCUGAUUCUGGCGGUGGCGGCAGCAGCUGAAGCUCAGAAACUCUUCAUUGGAGAUCAGGUCAUCAGGGUCAAUGUUCAGACCGAGGACCAGAUCCGAGUCCUGCAGGACCUGGAGGCCGACCAGGAACAGCUGGACUUCUGGCUUCAUCCCGUCUCCACUGAACUUCCCAUUGACAUCCGAGUUCCGAGUUCCAUCCUGAGUUCAGUGAAGUCCUAUCUCCAGACUCACAGCAUCUCCUUCUCCGUCAUCAUCGACGACCUUCAGGAGCUUCUGGACAAGGAGAACGCUGAAAUGAAAAUGAACCAGAUGAAGGAACGUAGCACCAAGAGCUUCAACUUUGGAGCCUAUCACACUCUGGACUCGAUCUACAGAUGGAUGGACUCUUUGGUUUCCCAGUAUCCUCACCUGGUCUCCAAGCAGGAGAUUGGCCGAUCAUAUGAGAACAGGCCCAUGUACGUUCUGAAGUUCAGCACUGGAGGAUCCAAACGCCCAGCGAUCUGGAUCGACACCGGGAUCCACUCCAGAGAGUGGGUGUCCCAGGCCACAGGGGUGUGGACCGCCAACAAGAUCGCCUCAGAUUACGGUCGAGACUCUUCUCUGACAUCUCUCCUGGAUUCCAUGGACAUCUACAUGUUAAUCCUGGCGAAUCCUGAUGGAUACGUCUACAGCCACACCAGUGACCGGAUGUGGCGUAAAACCCGAUCCAGGAAUGCAGGAUCCGUUUGUCGUGGAGUGGAUCCCAACAGGAAUUGGAAUGCAGGAUUUGGUGGCCCUGGUGCCAGUAGGAACCCCUGCUCCGACUCGUACCACGGACCCGCCGCCCAUUCUGAGGUGGAGGUGAAGAACGUGGUGGAUCUGAUUAAGAACCAUGGCAACUUCAAGUCCUUCAUCUCAGUCCACGCCUAUUCACAGCUGCUCAUGUACCCAUACGGAUACUCCUGCAAUCCUGUUGCCCAUCAGCCUGAACUGGACUCCGUCGGUAGAGCUGCUGUUCAGAAACUCACCUCCCUCUAUGGGACCAGGUACAAGGUCGGCAGCAUCUGCAGAAUCAUCUAUCAAGCCAGCGGUGGCAGCAUUGACUGGUCGUACAAUCUGGGCAUCAAGUACUCGUACGCCUUUGAGCUGAGAGACACCGGUCGCUAUGGUUUCAUCCUGCCAGCCAAUCAGAUCAUCCCCACGGCCUCCGAGACUUGGCUGGCUCUGAAGCACAUCAUGGAGUACGUUAGGGACCACCCCUACUGA